UCCCCGCGCCCUGCGGCGACUCCGUGGUGCCUACGCGGCCGCGGAGCCGCUCCUCGCCCCCCCGCCCGGGGCGGUGCCGCACCGCGGGGCGUACUGCGGCGCGGGUGGAGCGGCGGGAGCUGCGCGGCGGGAGGCGCCGUGCGCGCCCGCGGAGCGCCCCGCGGAAGAUGGCGUACAUCCAGUUGGAACCAAUAAAUGAGGGUCUCCUUGCUCGAAUCUCGGAUCUCUUGCUGUGCCGGUGGACUUGUAGAAAUUGUUGUCAGAAGUGCUUCGACUGUACCUGUUGUCAAGCAAAUGAAGAUGAAGUUGAAAUCCUGGGACCUUUUCCUGCUCAAACUCCAGCCUGGCUGAUAAGCAGCCAAAAUGAGGACAAAGAUGGAGACUCUGAUAAUGCAAUCAGUGAGCUGCCUCCCACUCUUCAGGAUGUUUCCCCUGACAGAAGGCGGUCAUCUUCAGAUGCAUCACGGUCCACUUACAGCCUCACGAGGCGGAUUUCAAGUUUAGAGUCGAGGAGGCCAAGCUCUCCGUUAAUUGACAUUAAACCUAUUGAGUUUGGAGUAAUAGGAGCUAAGAAAGAGAUCGUUCAGCCAACUGUCCUGCGGAAAACCUACACCCCAGAUGACUAUUUCAGGAAGUUUGAGCCAAGGCUGUACUCUCUCGACUCCAAUAGCGACGACAUGGACUCCUUGACAGACGAGGAGAUCUUGUCGAAGUACCAGCUGGGCAUGCUGCACUUCAGCACUCAGUACGACCUGCUGCACAACUACCUGACAGUGAGAGUCAUCGAGGCCAAAGAUCUGCCUCCUCCGAUUUCCUACGACGGGUCAAGGCAAGACAUGGCUCACUCCAACCCCUACGUGAAGAUCUGCCUCCUCCCCGACCAGAAGAACUCCAAGCAGACCGGAGUGAAGCGCAAAACGCAGAACCCGGUGUUUGAGGAGAGGUACACAUUUGAAAUCCCCUUUUUAGAAGCCCAGAGAAGAACUCUGCUUUUAACCGUAGUGGAUUUUGACAAAUUCUCACGCCACUGUGUUAUUGGCAAGGUGUCAAUGCCCUUGAGCGAUGUAGACCUUGUGAAAGGCGGACACUGGUGGAAAGCCCUUGUGCCUAGUUCUCAGAAUGAAGUGGAGCUGGGAGAGCUGCUGUUGUCACUGAACUACCUACCCAGUGCAGGAAGACUGAAUGUGGACAUCAUCAGAGCAAAACAGCUUCUUCAGACAGAUAUGAGCCAAGGUUCAGAUCCCUUUGUGAAAAUCCAGCUUGUUCAUGGAUUAAAGCUAACAAAAACCAAGAAGACCUCCUGCAUGCGCAGGACAAUAGAUCCCUUCUAUAAUGAGUCCUUCAGCUUCAAAGUUCCACAGGAAGAACUGGAGAAUGCCAGCCUGGUGUUCACAGUCUAUGGGCACAACGUGAAGAGCAGCAAUGACUUCAUUGGGAGGAUUGUGAUCGGCCAGUACUCCACGGGUGCCCCUGAGUCCAACCACUGGCGCCGGAUGCUCAACGCGCACCGGACGGCUGUGGAGCAGUGGCACAGCCUGCGGUCCCGGGAGGAGUGUGACCGUGUCUCUCCAGCUUCCCUGGAGGUAACAUGAGGUGGAGGACCAACAGCAGUCAACCCAAGCAGGCAAAUGAGGAGAAAAAGUCCCACUGACCAAAAUACCCCAACUCACACCCUCCAUGCACCUCACAGCAGCUCUGUUGGUUUGAAGCAGCUGCCGGAACCCUGCUGGCCACGCUGACCCCUGUGAACUGUGUCCCACUGGGUUCUGAUCCUUUACUGCUCACACUCAGCACCACUCAGCUGUUUGCAUCCUGCCUGGCAGAGCGUGUGGCCGAGCAGCAUGGGCUGCACGUGGAGGUGCCAUGGGAAACCCCGAGUGGGUGGAGGAGUUUGGAGUUGCCUCCACUGUCCUUGCAGUCCGAAUCCAUGGCUCAUCCUCUCAGAGAUAUACGUACCUGUGUGCUCUCGUUGGUGAACGUGGUAUUUAGGCUAGAAUCUUUCUUUCAAACGGUAGAACCUGUGCUGCAGUCGAUCCUGGCUCCAGUUUUGUCCUUGUCCUAGUUUCAGCAGAGCUAAGCUGCUGUUAGUCUGUCUGCCUGCGUGUGUGUGUGACGGGGCGCCCGCCGGAGGCGGUGUCACCUCAGCGGCGAGUCCUGCUGCUCCCCAGCAGCCUGCGUGUGCCCAGUAGAUGCAGUGAUGACGUAGCAGAGUAAACGUUUCCCAGUACCCUUCGUGCCAGGCCAGCCAGCUCGUGUCUCUCCAAACCUGUGUUGUGCAAAAGAAACCUGCCCUGGGGACUUUUGCGCUUCUGAAGACCCAAACCACACAAUGUGAAUUCUCUCGCAGGCUGCAGUGGCUCUUUCUGUGUUGUCUGUGUUAAGCCAGGUAGUCCUCCAGGUCACCAAGUGAGCUUAGCUGUGGUCGAGCUGUCCUCUUGGUUGCUUCUGUACAUUUUACUUUUCCACAGUGUGUUGUCUGGUAUGAUGAUUGAUGAUGAUG